CUUUGGUGGAAGUGGAAGGAAGAUGAACGGUGGAAAUUUUCGAUAUACGUUCUGGGAUCCUCCCUUGAUCCUCUCGCAAAUCAUCACCAUGCAGUCUAUAUUCUACGUCGGGCUCGGUCUUUUCCUCUCACUUGCCGACUUCAUGCUCUCUUCUCAUCGAUCUCUAGAUCAAAUCUUCAAAUUCCAGGUUGGAGCUGCACGUGAGAGAUGGACAUGGCCGAGCCGUUCUCACGGCCUUCUUCCUCAACUCCCUACUCUGGUGAGUGCCGUUGCUGGCAUUCCGGCUGCACGUUCUCUGGGGAUGUGGUGGGUGGUGCACAGGACCAAGCAGUGUCUGGACUUCACGGUCACCAUCCAUUUCUUCCACCUCUUCGUCGUGUGGAUCUACAACGGGAUGCUCCCCAACACUGUGUCCUGGUGGGUGGUGCAGGUGGUGGGGAUGGUGGUGACGUGCGUCUGCGCCGAGUUCCUCUGCAUGCGCACGGAGCUCGCUGCCAUCCCCGUCAGCCUCGGCGCGAAGGCGGACCUCUGACGGUGACGGUGCGGCCGUUACAGGGUAUCGUGGUGGUGUCAGUUUCUCCUGCUCUGUGAUUCAUCAUCAUAAUAUAAUAUCCUAAUAUGGUUAUCCUUCCACGCGGUUUCGAGCCGGGAAAGGGUUGGAUCCGAAGGGUCGAGAAGGACCGAAGCUAAGUACCUGUAAGAACAAAAGAGACCCAACGUCAAGCCGACAUUUAUGACUGGGAAUCGAUUGCAAUUUAGGUCUCUGUCUCGGACAUUAAUUUAUGAGACGACAGCCUAUACAAGAUACAAUAAUUCUUUUAGCCUCCAGGAUAAUCUUGGGCUGUAUUCUCUACAGUGGCGUGCCCAAGAGGGGGGGGGGGUUUGGGGGUCAUAAUCCCCCCCCCCCCAUGUCGAUUUUACAGAUUCUCAAAUUUUUUAAUUUGGCCAUAAAUACAGGGUGGG